UGGGCUUUCGAGGAUACGACUUCCGGUGUCUGGCAGGACGUGUUCAUUGUAUGUGUGUUGUGGCGGUGGUGUCCGCUCGGUAACGGUGUUUUCGCGCUCGGUGGGUCAGUAGCGGCUCUUCAGCCCGGGUGUCGCGGGUCUGUGCUCCUCCGCUCGGUGUCCGGUCUCCGGGAUGAACGGCUUCAGCACGGAGGAGGACAGCCAUGACGGGCCGCCCGCGCCGCCGUUCUUCGGGCAGAGCUGCUGUCUGAUAGAGGACGCGGAGCGGUGCGGGCGGCCGGCGGGGAACGCGUCCUUCAGCAAGAGGAUCCAGAAGAGCAUCUCCCAGAGGAAGCUCAAGCUGGACAUCGACAAGAGCGUCCGACAUCUUUACAUUUGUGACUUCCACAAGAACUUCAUCCAGAGCGUGAGGAACAAACGCAAGAGGAAGACCAGCGAUGAUGGAGGAGAGAGCCCGGACCACGAGGUGGAGGUGCCCGAGGUGGAUCUGUUCCAGCUUCAGGUCAACACACUGAGACGCUACAAGCGGCACUACAAGAUCCAGACCCGGCCCGGCCUGAACAAAGCUCAGCUGGCAGAGGUAUUGCGCACA